AUGAACUAUCAUCUAUUGGAAAUAGAGUGCGUUCGACACAUCUGUCUUCUCCAUCUAUCUAUCUAUCUAUCUAUCUAUCUAUCUAUCUAUCUAUCUAUCUAUUUCAAACUCGAUUCUCUCUCUCUCUCUCUCUCUCGCUUCCUUUUCACUUCAUUCCUUUCAUUUUUCUUUCUUUUCUCUUUCUCUUCAUCGGCGACUUUCUCUCUCUUCCUUUUCACUUCAUUCCUUUCAUUUUUCUUUCUUUUCUCUUUCUCUUCAUUGGCGACUCUCUCUCUCUCUCGCUUCCUCUUCACUUCAUUCCUUUUACUUUUCUUUCUUUUCUCUUUCUCUUCAUCGGCGACUCUCUCUCUCUCUCUCUCUCUCGCUUCCUUUUCACUUCAUUCCUUUCAUUUUUUCUUUCUUUUCUCUUUCUCUUCAUUGGCGACUCUCUCUCUCGCUUCCUCUUCACUUCAUUCCUUUUACUUUUCUUUCUUUUCUCUUUCUCUUCAUUGGCGACUCUCUCUCUCUCGCUUCCUCUUCACUUCAUUCCUUUUACUUUUCUUUCUUUUCUCUUUCUCUUCAUUGGCGACUCUCUCUCUCGCUUCCUUUUCCCUUCAUUCCUUUUACUUUUCUUUCUUUUCUCUUUCUCUUCAUUGGCGACUCUCUCUCUCUCGCUUCCUCUUCACUUCAUUCCUUUUACUUUUCUUUCUUUUCUCUUUCUCUUCAUUGGCGACUCUCACUCUCUCUCUCGCUUCCUUUUCCCUUCAUUCCUUUUACUUUUCUUUCUUUUCUCUUUCUCUUCAUUGGCGACUCUCUCUCUCUCGCUUCCUCUUCACUUCAUUCCUUUUACUUUUCUUUUCUUUUCUCUUUCUCUUCAUUGGCGACUCUCUCUCUCUCUCCUUCCUUUUCCUUCAUUCCUUUUACUUUUCUUUCUUUUUCUCUCUCAAUUGGCGACUCUCUCUCUCUCCUUCCUCUUCACUUCAUUCCUUUUACUUUUCUUUCUUUUCUCUUUCUCUUCAUUGGCGACUCUCUCUCUCCUUCCUUUUUCCCUUCAUUCCUUUUACUUUUCUUUCUUUUCUCUUUCUCUUCAUUGGCGACUCUCUCUCUCCUUCCUUUUCCCUUCAUUCCUUUUACUUUUCUUUCUUUUUCUCUUUCUCUUCAUUCAUGGCGUCCUCUCUCUCUCUCGCUUCUUUUCCUUUCAUUCCUUUCCUUUUUCUUUCUUUUCACUUUCUCUUCAUUGGCGACUCUCUCUCUCUUCCUCUCUUCACUUCAUUCCUUUUACUUUUCUUUUCUUUUCUCUUUCUCUUCAUUGGCGACCUCUCUCUCUCUCGCUUCCUCUUCACUUCAUUCCUUUUUUUUUUUUCUUUUCUCUUUCUCUUCAUUGGCGACACUCUCUCUCUCUCGCUUCCUUUUCACUUCAUUCCUUUUACUUUUCUUUCUUUUCUCUUUCUCUUCAUUGGCGACUCUCUCUCUCUCGCUUCCUCUUCACUUCAUUCCUUUUACUUUUCUUUCUUUUCUCUUUCUCUUCAUUGGCGACUCUCUCUCUCUCGCUUCCUUUUCACUUCAUUCCUUUCAUUUUUCUUUCUUUUCUCUUUCUCUUCAUUGGCGACUCUCUCUCUCUCUCUCGCUUCCUUUUCACUUCAUUCCUUUCAUUUUUCUUUCUUUUCACUUUCUCUUCAUUGGCGAUUCUCUCUCUCUCUUGCUUCCUUUUCACUUCAUUCCUUUCAUUUUUCUUUCUUUUCUCUUUCUCUUCAUUGGCGACUCUCUCUCUCUCGCUUCCUUUUCACUUCAUUCCUUUCAUUUUUCUUUCUUUUCUCUUUCUCUUCAUUGGCGACUCUCUCUCUCUCCUUCCUCUUCACUUCAUUCCUUUUCUUUUCUUUCUUUUCUCUUUCUCUUCAUUGGCGACUCUCUCUCUCUCUCUUCCUCCUCACUUCAUUCCUUUCACUUUUCUUUCUUUUCUCUUUCUCUUCAUUGGCGACUCUCUCUCUCUCUCUCCUUCCUUUUCACUUCAUUUCCUUUUCAUUUUCUUUCUUUUCUCUUUCUCUUCGUGGCGAUUCUCUCUCUCUUGCUUCCUUUUCACUUCAUUCCUUUUAUUUUCUUUCUUUUCUCUUUCUCUUCAUUGGCUCUCUCUCUCUCUCCUUCCUUUUCACUUCAUUUCCUUUCAUUUUCUUUCUUUUCUCUUUCUCUUCAUUGGCGACUCUCUCUCUCUCCUUCCUCUUCACUUCAUUCCUUUUACUUUUCUUUCUUUUCUCUUUCUCUUCAUUGGCGACUCUCUCUCUCUCUCCUUCCUUUUCCCUUCAUUCCUUUCAUUUUUCUUUCUUUUCUCUUUCUCUUCAUUGGCGACUCUCUCUCUCUCUCUCGCUUCCUUUUCCCUUCAUUCCUUUUACUUUUCUUUCUUCUCUCUUUCUCUUCAUUGGCGACUCUCUCUCUCUCUCCUUCCCUUUUCCCUUCAUUCCUUUCAUUUUCUUUCUUUUCUCUUUCUCUUCAUUGGCGACUCUCUCUCUCUCUCUCUCGCUUCCUUUUCACUUCAUUCCUUUCAUUUUUCUUUCUUUUCUCUUUCUCUUCAUUGGCGACUCUCUCUCUCUCGCUUCCUCUUCACUUCAUUCCUUUUACUUUUCUUUCUUUUCUCUUUCUCUUCAUUGGCGACUCUCUCUCUCUCGCUUCCUUUUCCCUUCAUUCCUUUUUACUUCUUUCUUUUCUCUUUCUCUUCAUUGGCGACUCUCUCUCUCUCUCUCUUCCUCUUCACUUCAUUCCUUUUACUUUUCUUUCUUUUCACUUUCUCUUCAUUGGCGACUCUCUCUCUCUCUCCUUCCUUUUCCCUUCAUUCCUUUUACUUUUCUUUCUUUUCUUUUUCUUCAUUGGCUCUCUCUCUCUCUCUCCUUUUCCCUUCAUUCCUUUUACUUUUCUUUUCUUUUCUCUUUCUCUUCAUUGGCGACUCUCUCUCUCUCUUCCUCCUUUUCACUUCAUUCCUUUCAUUUUUCUUUCUUUUCUCUUUCUCUUCAUUGGCGACUCUCUCUCUCUCUCUCGCUUCCUUUUCCUUCAUUCCUUUCAUUUUCUUUUUCUUUCUUUCUCUUUCUCUUCAUUGGCGAAUCUCUCUCUCUCUCUCUUCCUUCCUUUUCACUUCAUUUCCUUUCAUUUUUCUUUCUUUUCUCUUUCUCUUCAUUGGCGACUCUCUCUCUCUCUUCCUUUUCCUUCAUUCCUUUUAUUUUUCUUUCUUUUCUCUUUCUCUUCAUUGGCGACUCUCUCUCUCUCUCUCCUUCCUUUUCCUUCAUUCCUUUUGCUUUCUUUCUUUUCUCUUUCUCUUCAUUGGCGACCCUCUCUCUCUCUUCCUUUUCCCUUCAUUCCUUUUUCUUUCUUUUCUUUCUUUCACUUUCUCUUCAUUGGCGACUCUCUCUCUCUCUUCCUUUUCCCUUCAUUCCUUUUCUCUUUCUCUUUCUUUUCUUUCUCUUCAUUGGCGACUCUCUCUCUCUCUCUCCUUCCUUUUCACUCUCAUUCCUUUCAUUUUUCUUUUUUCUUUUCUCUUUCUCUUCAUUGGCGUCUCUCUCUCUCUCUCUCCUUCCUUUUCCUUCAUUCCUUUCAUUUUUCUUUCUUUUCACUUUCUCUUCAUUGGCGACUCUCUCUCUCUCUCUCUCCUUCCUCUUCACUUCAUUCCUUUCAUUUUUCUUUCUUUUCUCUUUCUCUUCAUUGGCGACUCUCUCUCUCUCUCUCGCUUCCUCUUCACUUCAUUCCUUUCAUUUUUCUUUCUUUUCACUUUCUCUUCAUUGGCGACUCUCUCUCUCUCUCGCUUCCUUUUCCCUUCAUUCCUUUCACUUUUCUUUCUUUUCUCUUUCUCUUCAUUGGCGACUCUCUCUCUCUCUCGCUUCCUCUUCACUUCAUUCCUUUCAUUUUUCUUUCUUUUCACUUUCUCUUCAUUGGCGACUCUCUCUCUCUCGCUUCCUCUUCACUUCAUUCCUUUCAUUUUUCUUUCUUUUCUCUUUCUCUUCAUUGGCGACUCUCUCUCUCUCGCUUCCUCUUCACUUCAUUCCUUUUACUUUUCUUUCUUUUCUCUUUCUCUUCAUUGGCGACUCUCUCUCUCUCGCUUCCUUUUCCCUUCAUUCCUUUUACUUUUCUUUCUUUUCUCUUUCUCUUCAUUGGCGACUCUCUCUCUCUCUCUUCCUUUUCCCUUCAUUCCUUUCACUUUUCUUUCUUUUCUCUUUCUCUUCAUUGGCGACUCUCUCUCUCUCCUUCCUUUUCCCUUCAUUCCUUUCAUUUUCUUUCUUUUCUCUUUCUCUUCAUUGGCGACUCUCUCUCUCUCCUUCCCUCUUCCCUUCAUUCCUUUCCUUUUCUUUCUUUUCUCUUUCUCUUCAUUGGCGACUCUCUCUCUCUCCUUCCUUUUCCCUUCAUUCCUUUUAUUUUCUUUCUUUUCUCUUUCUCUUCAUUGGCGACUCUCUCUCUCUCCUUCCUUUUCCCUUCAUUCCUUUUACUUUUCUUUUUCUUUUCUCUUUCUCUUCAUUGGCGACUCUCUCUCUCUCCUUCUCACUUCAUUCCUUUCAUUUUUCUUUUCUUUUCUCUUUUCUCUUCAUUGGCGACUCUCUCUCUCUCUCUUCCUCUUCACUUCAUUCCUUUCAUUUUUCUUUCUUUUCUCUUUCUCUUCAUUGGCGACUCUCUCUCUCUCUUUCCUUUUCCUUCAUUCCUUUUUACUUUUCUUUCUUUCUCUUUCUCUUCAUUGGCGACUCUCUCUCUCUCCUUCCUUUUUCCCUUCAUUCCUUUCCUUUUCUUUCUUUUCUCUUUCUCUUCAUUGGCGACUCUCUCUCUCUCGCUUCCUUUUCCCUUCAUUCCUUUCACUUUUCUUUCUUUUCUCUUUCUCUUCAUUGGCGACUCUCUCUCUCUCUUUCUCUCUCGCUUCCUCUUCACUUCAUUCCUUUUACUUUUCUUUCUUUUCUCUUUCUCUUCAUUGGCGACUCUCUCUCUCUCUUUCUCUCUCGCUUCCUCUUCAAUUCAUUCCUUUCACUUUUCUUUCUUUUCUCUUUCUCUUCAUCGGCGACUCUCUUUCUCCCACUCUCGUUUCCUCUCCUCUUCGCUUUUUUCCUUUUCUUUUUUUUCUCUUCAUCAGCAAGUCUUUCUUUCUCGCUUCCUCUCCAUUUCACUUUUACAUCUUUUUUCUCUUUCUUUUUCUUCAUCAGCGACUCUCUCUCUCUCUCGCUUCUUCUCCUAAACGCCACCUCUCUCUCUCUCUCUCUCUCUCUCUCUCUCUCUCUCGCUCUAUCUCCAAUUCAUUCUUUUGACUUUUUCUUCUCUUUUUCUUCAUCAGUGAUUCUCUCUCGCUUCCUCUUCGCUUCACUCUUUUCACUUUUAUACUUUCUCUUUCUCUUCGUCAACGACUCUCUCUCUCUCUCUCGCGCUUCCUUUUCACUUUACUUUUCUUCUCUUUCUAUUCAUUAA